UCACAGGAUUACCCAGUAAUAGAUCACUGUUAUGACGUGGCGAUAUUAGGAGCAGGUGGUGCAGGUCUAAGAGCGGCAUUUGGUUUAGGAAGUAAAGGAUACCGUGUCGCGGUAAUAAGUAAACUCUUUCCAACGAGAUCGCACACAGUAGCUGCUCAAGGUGGUUUAAAUGCUGCGAUAGCGAGCGAACACGAGGACAGUUGGCUUUAUCAUAUGUACGACACUGUCAAAGGAUCUGAUUGGCUAGGAGAUCAGGAUGCUAUACACUUUCUUGCCAGAGAAGCACCUCGUGCAGUUUUUGAGCUAGAAAAUUAUGGAUGUCCAUUCAGUCGUAACGACUCUGGCAAAAUUUAUCAACGUGCUUUCGGUGGACAAUCGUUAAAAUUUGGAAAAGGUGGCCAAGCACGUCGAACUUGUGCCGUAGCGGAUAGAACUGGACACGCCGUUCUCCAUACUUUAUACGGUCAAAGCCUUCGAUACGACGUUCAUUAUUACAUCGAAUACUUUGCACUUGAUCUUCUAAUGCACGGUCGAUGUUGCAAAGGAAUUCUUGCUUGGGAAUUGGAAACGGGAAUACUUCAUCGUUUUAGAGCUCAUCACACGGUGAUAGCUUCAGGUGGUGCUGGUAGAUGUUAUUUAUCAUGCACAGGUGCACAUACUUGCACUGGUGAUGGUAUGGCUAUGAUCUCUAGAGCAGGAUUACCACUACAGGAUAUGGAAUUUAUACAGUUUCAUCCUACAGGAAUGUAUGGAACCGGAAUAUUAAUAACGGAAGGUAGUAGAGGCGAAGGUGGUAAAUUAGUAAACUCUCAAGGUGAAUUUUUCAUGGAAAGAUAUGCCCCAAUAGCUAAGGAUUUAGCAUCACGUGACGUCGUUUCUAGAGCUAUUACCAUAGAGAUAAUCGAAGGAAGAGGUGUAGGUCCAAAGAAAGAUCAUGUGUAUCUUCAACUAAGUCAUUUACCGAUUGAAACGAUACAAAACAAGUUACCAGGUAUCUCACAUUUGGCGUGGGUAUUUUCCGGCGUUGACAUUACGAAAGAUUCCAUACCGGUUAUACCAACAGUCCAUUACAAUAUGGGUGGCAUACCUACGAAUUGGCGAGCUCAAGUAUUAACACGCGAAAACGAAGAAGAUAGUAUAAUAGAUGGAUUAUGGGCAGCUGGCGAAACUGCAUGUGCAUCUGUUCAUGGUGCCAAUAGACUUGGAGCUAACAGUUUAUUAGAAAUCAUCGUUUUUGGUAAAGCAAUUGCCGAUCAAAUUGAUUGCCUUACUCGACCUGGUGAACGGCACGAUGAUAUUCCUGCUGAUAUAGGUGAACAAUCAAUUUGCCGAUUCGAUGCAACUCGUUAUGCGAAAGGUUGCAUCCCUGUUGUUGAGCUUAGACAAUCGAUGCAACAAACUAUGCAUAAAUAUUGUUCGGUAUUUAGAACCUGCGAUAUUUUGCAAAGAGGAUGUCGAGAAAUGACAAAACUCUUCACCUGCGAUUUACCAGAUAUAUGUGUGCAAGAUCAAUCGAUGAUUUGGAAUACAGAACUCGUAGAAGCAUUGGAAUUACAAAAUAUGAUGCUUAUUAAUAUGCACACCGUGUAUGCGGCUGAAAAUCGUAAAGAAUCUAGGGGGGCUCAUUCCAGAGAUGAUUUUAAAGAAAGAAUCGAUGAAUAUGAUUAUAGUAAACCUCUUGAAAAUCAAAAAAUACGUCCAUAUUCGGAACAUUGGCGUAAACACACGUUAUCUUGGGCCUUCAAUGAUGGAUCGAUAAGUAUUUCUUAUCGACCAGUAAUCGAUACGACUUUAGAUGAAACGGAAGCUAAGCACGUACCGCCUACCAUUCGAACGUAUUAGAUAACAA